AUGUGUAAAAGUUUUGGCUCCACUCUUAUCAGACCUGCCUUGAAAUGGUUCAUCAACCUAACCACCAGGCUCAUAUCCUCUUUCGCGAGCCUCGGCGACAAGUUUGUGGAGCAAUUCGCGAGUAGUAGGAGCCUGGAGAAGACUUCAGACAGUCUCUACGAGAUUCUUCAGCAUCGGGUAGAACCCCUGCGAGAUUACAUAGCCUGCUUCAACCAAGAAAAUGUGGUAGUUCCCGAGUGCAGCAUUCCUACUGUGAUCUCUGCCAUCAAAAGGGGCCUGCUUCUAGACAGAGGCCUCUACAAUGAACUAAAAGUGAAGUGGGAAGAAGACGUUUCUAGCAGCGCUAAAGCCCAGCCGAAGCAGGACCAAAAGUCAGCCCGAUCAGACCAAGGAAAUUGGGAUGAAAGAUCCUCUCAGAGAGCGAUCAAGGACUCCGGGAAUAGAAACCAGGGCAGGUUCCAAUACCGACCCUUAGAAAAGGAGGAAGGAUUGUCGGUAUCCACUUGGCUUGACAACUCCCAUCUCUCGAUAUCCACGCCAGAGCUUGUCAACGUCUUGAGGCAGAUGGGCCAACAGGUCAAGUGGCCUCCGAAAAUUAAGGCACCUGACUCGUUCUGGAAUCCUGGUCUCUGUUGUGACUUCCAUCACAACCACGGUCACAAAACCGAAGACUACAUUACUCUAAGGAUCGAGGUCAAUGAACUACUCCAAAAGGGGCACCUCCGGGAAUUCCUCUCAGAGAAAGCAAAGAACCACCUAAAUAAAGAGGUGCCGGUGAAAUCUACUGGAGCUAUACCCGCCUCGCCACCUCGCCAGGACUGA